CUUUGAACGACACUAUUGAUCUACAUAUGUUCGAAUAUCAAUACCAUAAACGUUGCGGCUAAUAUUUUGUUCUCCGACAGUGACUCAACUUCGCCCUCUCUUUUCAAAUAUCGACAGUUGUAUCGCUUUUUUGCGUUUCAUUUCGGUAAACUAGCUCGAUAUAAUAAGCAUCAGAUUUUCGGUGUGUUCUCUACUUUUCCCCUCUUUCUUUCUCUGGACAUCGGAACCAAUCGACUUCGAAAAAAGCAUGACCAUGACCAUCAAACAAUUGCACACUCCUUCUCAACCCAAUCCGAAUGGGUCUGUCAAUGUGGUAGAGUUUGAUGGAGCCGCCGGGUCGUUGUUGAAUGAGAUUCUCAAUGUGGAAGAAGGAUCUUCUUUCUCUUUCCCCUUGACAGACAGUACCACACGCACUGUUCGCCUGCGCCACAUUCCGUUCUGUUCCAGUGGAUUUUGCAGCUGGGGAGGUACCAUGGCCAGCAGGGCGGUGUGUAAUUGUACACAUUACCCACCUAAUCGAUGUGACUGGAGCGGGGAAAAGCUGCUCCUGAAGCUCAGCUAUCCAAGCGUUACCCCAGCCUCCGAAAAGUCUCUUAUGGAUCACUGUCGAGAACAAGCAGAGGGUGAACAUGUUCGGGUCCUCGACAAUCUGCCAGAUAUCUACUGGAAAUAUGAUAUUCCGCUCAGUGAAACUGACACUCCAUGCUUUGACCUUAAGGAGGAGUUUGAGGAUGAUCAUCGGACGAUACGCCUUCUACGGGGCUCAAUACAGGAAGAAAUAGAACCGUUCUCGAGCUUGAAUACUGCAUCAGAAUGUGCCCAAGUCUUCUAUGACAUCGUACAAUGUCAUCACUGGAUUCAUACUUAUCCUCAAAUACUUCAUCAGGAUAUCAGCCUCGGGAAUAUCAUGGUGCGCGCCAAAGAUGGGAAAAAAUACGGCGUUUUGAACGAUUGGGACCUUGCAUUUUGGCUUCAUGAGCGAGAUGGAAUUUCGACCUCCCGAUUUCGAACUGGUACCCGACUUUUCAUGCCACAUAAGCAACAUUUGCGUCGUUGGAGAGGUCCAUAUCGGUAUCGCCAUGACCUAGAGUCUCUCUUCUAUGUCAUCCUUCUGCUUACCACCCUUUUCUCCAGCCCUAGUAAGAGGGCCUACAAUUCUCUCGAUGACGAUGAGGACAGUGACGAGGAAGACGGCGACGAAGAAAUGAUAGGUUAUGAACGUUGGUUUACCCAGGGUGACAGCUUUCUCCACGACAAAAAAUUCAAGAUCAUUUUGGUUGUCUCUUGGCGACCUCACUUAACGCACUUCUUCUGUGACUUCUUUCUUUGGCUGAAAAGAUUUCAUCGCUGCUUGUAUGAUGGUUUCACCGCAUACUCCCUUCACAUUGUGCGUCAAAGGGAUCCAUUGCAACAAGUACCGCAUUUCGACAACAAUACUUUAGACGGUCAUUUUUCAUAUAUGAAUUUUGUCUUGAUUAUGCAUCGAUUUUGCGAAGAGGAACUCGAAACACGGAAUAGCGAAUGGCAGGGAAUAUUACAAGAGCACCGAAAAGUUGAGGAUAAUGAAGGGAAUGAAAAAUAACAAUCAGACAAUGAAAAUCGGGACAAUGUAACGAGGGUGAUUAGAUAUUGUUAUAGCUCCCCUUCUUCCCUAAGCAGGCAUCUUGACCCCAAAACUCCAAGCUUAUACGCUGAGGUGAGCUGAGGUGUUUGCAGUGCAUUUCAACAGAUUCCAACUGGCUAUGUCCG